CCCUCAAUCUUCCACAACAUCACAAUCUCUUACACGUUAUUCACUGCAAUUUCAAACAAAGAAAAAAAGGCGCAAUGGCUUCUGGUACACCGGCAACAACCAAAAAAGGCGGAAGAGGCAAACCUAAAACCAAAUCCGUUUCAAGAUCAAGCAAAGCCGGUCUUCAGUUCCCCGUCGGCCGUGUCGCUCGUUUCCUUAAAGCAGGUCGUUACGCUCAACGUGUUGGAUCUGGUUCACCGGUUUACCUCUCCGCUGUUCUUGAAUACCUUUGCGCUGAGGUUUUGGAACUUGCGGGUAACGCUGCGAGGGAUAACAAGAAGACAAGGAUUGUGCCGAGACACAUUCAACUUGCUGUGAGGAACGAUGAGGAGUUGAGCAAGUUGAUGGGAUCUGUUACUAUUGCUAAUGGAGGUGUUUUGCCGAACAUUCAUCAGAUUUUGUUGCCGAAGAAAGUUGCUGGAAAGGGGAAGAGCGAGAUUGGAUCUGUUAGUCAGGAAUUUUAGGCUUUCGUGUGUAGUUCUCAGUUACAUGCUAUUUCUUGGUUAGUGUUGUUAUUUGAGAUUAGUUAGAAGUGGCGUUUGAGGAUGUAUAGUUCUUCAUUCUCAUCAAUAUAAUUUAUUGUUUGUGCUA